CCUGGAGGUCGGCGCCGUCCUGAACAAGACGGACUCCAUGUCUGAGCUGAGCCGCUGGGAGAGAGCGCGGGGCAACAAGAACCGGACGCUGGACAACAGCGACCUGCAGCGGCUGGCGGCCGAGAGGGACGGGUCAGGAGGGGGGUUCCUGCUGAGGGGAGGGGGAGGUCGCUCCAGCGAGAGGCGUCUGGUUCGCUUCUUCAGCGGGAUCUUCUCCAGGAGGGACGGGGCAGCCACCUCGACCCCGGUGGGAAGCCCCAGCAGCCUCCCGCGGAGCAAGAGGAGGGUUCUGUCCCAGUCCAGCACCGAGAGCAUGAACGGAGGAAGCUCUGAAGUCGCCCAGAAGAUCGUGGCUACCAGGAAGAAGCAGCAGUUGUCCAUCGGGCCGUGCAAGUCGCUCCCCAACUCGCCGAGUCACACGUCUGUCUGCGCCACACAAGUGUCAGCCGUCCACAUCAGCCAGACGAGUAACGGCGGCGGCAGUUUGAGCGACUACUCGUCGUCGGUGCCGUCCACGCCCAGCACUAGCCAGAAGGAGCUCCGCAUCGACGUGCCGCAGACCACCAACACGCCAACGCCCGUCCGAAAGCAGUCCAAACGCCGCUCCAACCUCUUCACCUCGAGGAAGGCGAGCGAGUCGGACAAGGACAAGAAAGGCCUGGAGGCUCGAGCCGACAGCAUCGGCAGCGGGCGAGCCAUCCCCAUCAAACAGGGCAUGCUGCUGAAGAGAAGCGGUAAAUCCCUCAACAAGGAGUGGAAGAAGAAGUACGUGACGCUGUGUGACAACGGACUGCUCACCUACCACCCCAGCCUGCAUGACUACAUGCAGAACGUCCACGGUAAGGAGAUCGACCUGCUGAGGACCACGGUGAAGGUCCCGGGGAAGAGGCCGCCUCGCGCCGUGUCCACCUGCGCGCCCGUGCAGAGUCCCAAAACCAACGGCCUGACGAAGGACAUGAGCAGCAUGCAGCUCGGGCAGACUCCAGGUUCGGUGAGCAGCAGCUCGUCGGUGUCUCAGAUGGCGAGCGGCGUCAGCUUGGUGUCCUUUAACAGCCGAGGUCUGGAGGGGAUGCACCAGCGCUCCUACUCCGUCUCCAGCGCCGACCAGUGGACCGACGCCACCGUCAUCGCCAACUCCGGAGUCAGCACGGAUACCGGCCUCGGAGACUCGGUCUGCUCCAGUCCCAGUAUCUCCAGCACCACCAGUCCGAAGAUGGAGCCGCCGCCAUCGCCGCACGCCAACCGCAAGAAGCACCGGCGGAAGAAGAGCACCAGCAACUUCAAAGCCGACGGCCUCUCUGGUACUGCGGAAGAACAAGAGGAAAACUUUGAGUUCACCAUCGUGUCGUUGACGGGGCAGACGUGGCAUUUCGAAGCCACUUCGUACGAGGAGCGAGACGCCUGGGUGCAGGUCAUCGAGAGCCAGAUCCUGGCCAGCCUGCAGUCCUGUGAGAGCAGCAAGAACAAGUCUCGUCUGACCAGCCAGACGGAGGCCAUGGCUCUGCAGUCCAUCAGGAGUAUUCGAGGAAACGGCCGCUGUGCCGACUGUGAAGCCCAGAACCCGGACUGGGCGAGUCUGAACCUCGGGGCCCUGAUCUGCAUCGAGUGCUCGGGCAUCCACAGGAACCUGGGCACCCACCUCUCCAGGGUUCGCUCUCUGGACCUGGACGAGUGGCCGCUGGAGCUCAUCAAGGUCAUGUCGGCCAUCGGCAACGAGCUCGCCAACAGCGUGUGGGAGGCCAACGCGCAGGGACGCCUCAAACCUGGGCCGGACGCCAGCAGGGAGGAGAGGGAGCGCUGGAUCCGGGCGAAAUACGAGCAGCGUCUGUUCCUGGCGUCGCUGCCCGGCACCGACCUGUCUCUGGGACAGCAGCUGCUGAGGGCGACGGCCGAGGAGGACCUUCGCUCCGUCGUCCUGCUGCUCGCCCACGGGUCACGACAGCAGGUCAACGAGACCUGCGGAGAAGGAGACGGACGCAACUCGCUGCACCUGGCCAGCCGCAAGGGCAACGUGGUCAUCACGCAGCUCCUCAUCUGGUACGGCGUGGAUCUGAUGGCGAGGGACACCCACGGCAACAGUGCGAUGGCAUACGCUCGGCAGGCCAACAGUCAGGAGUGUGUGGACACGCUGACUCAGUACGGCUGCCCCGACGAGCGCUUCCCGCUCAUGGCCACGCCCAACCUGUCGCGCCGCAACAUCAACCGCAACAACAGCUGCAGCAGCGCCGGGAGCGCCGCGCUCAUAUGACGAGGGCAUGUCACCGUCUGACUCUUUAUGACAAACAAACAAACAAACGCCGAUUUGGGAGAAUCCUGACCGUUUAUUUUGGGAACCACUACCUGUUGCGACUCUAAGCCCCGCCCACCUCACCUGAGAGCCACCACUGCCGCUGUCGGCUCGUUAAGACUGAUUAGAGCUUAUCACGGGUCAGUGGUGGCGCUGUUUGUUUGGGAGAACCCUCAACGGGUGGGGAAACCCCAAAGCACGGUGGGAAAUGUGGUCCACAGUCGCCGAUGGCUCAUCAGAGCUCUUUGGGAAAUAAUCACGUGACUUAUGACAGCCAAUGACGGCCAGUCUGAAAGCUCUAGGGAAAUCAUACCUCAUCACACAGCUAUACUUUAACGCUACGCGACCAGCUCCCGCGCAACCUCGCCACGCAUCAUCCGGCCAAUCAAAAUCUGUCUCGCCAAAACAUAUCGUCACAACAUAAGGAAGCAAACUGUGAGACAAAAAUAUCAGGAGGGGGGGGGGGCGGUCUUCAUAGCAUGCUCACACACAGGAAGCCAUCUGAACUGCACAUCAUCUUCAUCAUCUUCACCAGUCGAGGACUCCUCUCUGUUGGAUCCCUGCAGCUUUUCUCCUCCUCCCACCUGUACUUUUUAUUAUUUUAUGAAUUAUGUGAACCCUCCUGCCUUUACACCUUCUUCUUUUUUAAAUGUGAACAAUAUCUUGAUGUAAAACUUUAAGAGGAAAAAAAAAGAUAUCAGAUCUUAGAGGUGAAAAAGAAGUGUGGUAGAUCGCAUGUCCUAGACACUUUUUGCUAUUUUAAUUUAAGGAUUUUUUUUUUUCCUUCUCCUGGAUUGUGUAUAUUGUAUCUCGAUGUGCAUUGCUGGACCAAUCGUUUAAUAAUGUCAACACGGUAAGGGGAUUUAUUUAGUUUGUUUCCGGGUGUAUAAAGUCGUUAAGUGUACAGAAGCUCUUGCCAGGCUCAGGGACCGGAGACUGUCGAUCAUGAACGCCCCAUUGUCUUUUCCCAGAGUCCUUAACCCAGCGUUCAGAGCGUUUCAUUUGUUUUCACUUCACUCAGCUCAGAAUCUAACAAAAUUUAUACUAACGUUAUAAGGGAAUAAUACUUUCUAGAUCGUUCCUCAGCUAUUCUUGAGCUGGACGAUAUGAUUUAAGAUCCAUGUCAUGAUGUAUUGUCACAUUUCUUCCUUGAACAAUAAUAAAUAUAACGAUUUGUAUGUUUUGGGGUUACAAAUAAUAAUGUUUUUCAGUCAUCAAACAAUCUGCUGAUUAUUUUCUUUAGUUUUCCCCAUAAAAUGUCGGAAGAUCUUCUAGUUCCUCUUUUUGUUAGACCGCCAGCCCAAAACCCAAGACCCCAGAAACUAAAUAUGUACUAAACUGUUCUUGUUCUUCUUCACAUGUUGGAUUUUUAAAACUUUUCUGAACUGAGUGAACUGUGAGCAUCUUAAACCCGAGCCUGAUUUUACAUCCUGGUCAAAUAACAUUUCAUUUAAAGUGUCCCUGAAGUGAAUUUAAUUGUUUUAACUUGUAAAAAAGAAAAAAUGGAAUAGACAAGGAAGCAGCUAAGAAACUAAUGGAGCGAAAAGGGAAUUGAUCUGCUUCUCCUUGUUCAGGUGUUUUUGUUAAAUCUGUGAGUUCAGUUCACAGAAUCUGCUGUCAGCUCAGACACAUCACGGUGAUGAUGAUGAAACGGAGGAGGGAGGAAACUUUUUUCUUUGUUUCCUUUCAGCUGGUAGAAAAUUUUUCCUUUUAACAGGCGUAAACGCUCAGUAGAAUGAAAAGAGUCAGUGAACGUAACACAAGUUCAAAGUUUCAUGGCCACAAAAUAGUGUUUCUGUGUAUAAAAAUCCGUCUGUAAUGCUAGAGCGCCAACGCCCUCCAGUCCUGUCCCGUCCAAUCAAACAAUCUCCCCGAUCUGCUCAGCGAAUCACUAAGAAGGGCUUCUUCUUCUCUGGUCUUGUUGUAAAUAAACUUCUCUUUCUCUGUCACUCUCUCUCUUUUAACGGUGACGCCAUGUAAAUUAGAGAGCACAGGAAGUACUUACUGGAUGUCGGGUUGCAGAGUGGAAGUGAAAUAUUAGAAUGUGUGUUUGUUUAGGGGGAAAAAACGAUAUCAGCAUGGACUGAAUGUUGCGUGUUUUGGCUCAGUGUAGCGCUGAUCCAUCCAAGGCAGGAAGUUAAACUUUUGCGGGUCACUAGGCGUCUGAACCAGUGGUUCCCAACCUGGAAAUGUUUGCAGAGCUACAAUUCCAGUCCGAAGGGUCGCAAGAAGGUUUACAGGAUGAGAAAUAAAAAUAUUUGAACAUUUACACGGUACAAAGAGGGCUAGAGUCAAGGCGACUAAAGGCCAGUCCAAGACUAUUCCAAGUCUGUGCAGUUUUCAGAACGAAUCAAGACCGUGUCCAAAUGCAAAAAGUGUUCUGUUGAGACAAAGUCCCAGUGUGGUCAAGGUUGAGUCCAGAUGGCUAAAAUGUGGUCAAGACAAAGAAUAAAUGGACUUCAGUCCAAAUGCGGUCUAUUGUUCUGUCGAGACCAAGUCCCAAUGUGGUCACGGUUGGGUCCAGACGGCCGACAUGUGGUCAAGAAUGAGUCGACCCAACACCAAAUUAAUCAAGUUUGGGUCAAUACCAUGAGGCCUAAGAAAGCAAACUAUUGAAACCAAAACAGUGCCAACUGGGUAUUCGCCAUACUGUUGUCUCACUUACAGUACAGUCAUUUGGAAAAUAAGCUUUACCUGGACUUUAUUGGCCGAAGCUGGUGGCUGUGCCUGAGACAGAAGUCCAAGAUGAAACUGGACUCUAGUAAAGUCCACAAACAUUCCUACAAUCUUUGCUUGCUUAAUUGAUAUAAACACUGGCGGGGAUGAAGUCAGUGGCGUGGACUGCUGAUGCAAACACGUUUCUGUUUACAUCGGGUGUUGGCGUACGUAGAUGUGAGAACUCGCGUAGUCGGUGGAUACAGUCCACAUGGUCAUAGCUUUUGGACUAAACCUACCCUUGGAAUUUAAGUCGUUGGACAUUCAAAGCUACUUAAAUGCAUAAAGGAUGGUAAGGUUGGGAUCCACUGGUCUAAAGAUGCACUGGUAAUUUUAAGCCGUCACACAAGAUUGUAAAGAAACACACCUUUCUCACCCUGAUGACGACGACGUAGAUUUGACUGAGCGUUGAUUUCUUUCGUCGACUGAACGCUAAUCGAUCGUCGGGAUAACCUGCUUAACCUCGACAUUUGUGUGUGAUGAUUUUCACCUUCAACACUAUGCUGAGCAUCACCUGCUCGUCUCUUAGUCUUUGCUCUCUCUGCUGUUUUCGUGCUCAAAUUGUAACGUAAAGGUUGAGAAGCAGCUCUCAAACCGACUGUGUAUCCAAGCAAUAUUCAUAAACUCAUCAGUCACCGUCACAUGGUGACUUCACACGCUGACGUUGCUGCAAUAUUCCCGUUAAACCACAAACACACUCAUGUUUGUAGACUUGAUAGAAACAGUCAAAAGAUGAAGUCAUCAUGAACUGAAAAUAUUUUCUCCUUCUGCCUUUUUGUUUUAAACGUCUGCCUUUACGUUCCUAAUUUCGUCCGACCUUGUAAUUGUACGUGCCCUCCCAGUCAUCUCAAAGAUGGCAUUUUAUCUUGCAUAAAUACUAAACCAAGGGGUUUGACCGCAACUUGUGUUUUCAAACUGUUUAUUUUAUGUUUAUAUCCGACUCUGUCCUAACUCUACCCAUGACAGCAGGACAGGGCAAAGACGUCCUUUUAUUUAUGACAGAAAUGCACUAAAUCUGAUUCAGUCUGUCCUUAAGCUCAACACUUGCCACUACAGCUUUCUUUUAUUCUCAUAUUGGCACUAACUGACGUUUGCUUAUUUCUCUAAGCGGUGGCGGCUUCUGGCGGUGUCCUCUGACCUGAUUGGUGCUCUCAUUUUAACGGCAUCUAAAUUCUGAGCAACUUGGGAAUCCAGAAUCCAUUUAUUUAAGUUCACAUGAGGGGAGAAAGCUCAGUAAAAUCUGCUUUUAAAUGACUAUAGGCACCAAAAUAAUCCGUUGCAGGGUCAAUGAUAGCGCUGACCGCUAGCGGUGAACAAGCUAGCAACAAGUGUUUUCAUUCUAAGGCUAAACCAAGCAUGAAAAGUUGGGAAAUGUCUAGAGGAUAGAAACAUUGUGUUGGACAAGUCCGCAAAGUCAGUUUAUUUAAGUUGUAUGGCGCAGGAGAAGUUCUGUAAGGGUCUAACGUUAACCCUUGCUGCAGCUAGUGGUGAGCACUUUAGCAUGGCAGCAUUGUUUCAGCUUGCAAGCAGUUUCUACUACUACCAGUAAAAAUCAAAAUCAAGCUGCAGUUAUCUAAACACGGCUAAUGGAGAGAAGCAGGGCUGUGUACGGCCCAAGUCUGUUCAUUUAAUCUCAGAAUAAACUCUGUAAUGGCUGCUUUUAACUGUUUGAAUCAUCUAUCGCUGAAGCUAACUGUAGUUAGCGGUAAACAAACCAGCAUGGGCAGCAUUGUUUCGGCUUGCAAGCAAACUAUAAAUGACUUAAAAUUGGAAAAUGUUUAGAGAAUGGAAAUGUCUUGUGAAUCUCCAGCCCCAGCUAAUGAUCAGUUAGCUAAACCCAGCUAAUGAAAACUGCUUGACACCGACUCUUUUCAGAACAGUUUUGUUUGUUUGUUAAUGCAUUAGCUGACACUUGAAUCCAAAAUCUGAUGAUUUAAUCCCAUUGCAGCAAAGAAAGCUCAGUAAUAUCUGUUUGUAGUCACAGAAACUGCUGAGUCUGAUCUGAAGCUAAUUGCCGCUAGCGCUGAAUACGUUAGCAUGGUUAUUUUCAACUUUAUCUAAGCGAACUUUACUACCCGUCUUUCUUAUUCUUAAAACUAAACAUGAACAGUUGGAACAUGUUUAGAGACUAGAA